UUUCAAAUCACCCACACAACGGCACACUGUCACCCACAGAUCCCGACCAAUCAACAAUCGAACCAGAAAACGAAACAACAAAGGGAACGAAUCAGAAGGACUGGAAUUGGCGGAUGUGAAAAGUGAGUUUUGAGUAUGACCGCUGCUGAUUAAAGUGUCAUACGGCACUUCCUAUCUAACGGGAAUUCUUCCUCAUCUGGAAAUUAGCAAAAUUUCUAAAAUCAAACUCCUAAAAACGCAAAAUCGAUGGAUCUGUAGAUAUAAAGCAUAAGAAACUAUACUCGAAGCUGCUGAAAAUAGUACCUGAGACGUAAGGCCGAGGACGAGAGCUGAGCAAGAGAAAAGACUAACGGUUACAGUCUCCGUCAAGCUUUACAAUAACUGAUUUCGAAAAUUUCAAAUUGCCGUCCAACGACACGGUCUUCUCUAAAAAGAAUAAGGCCGUGUUUGGGUAAAUCAAAUGUUGAUGGGAAGCGACACAACAUGGGUUAGCAAAAAGCCUGUCAGACGCAUCGGAGGCAUGUCCGAUGCCCUCUCCAUUGCCGCCGAUCUUGGUUUUUCCGUUGCACCUCCUCCUUCUCAGGAAGAAAUCCAGAACUUAUCCACUACUACUGGUGAAAAAGGUGGUGACUUGAUAAGGGUUUUAAGAGAAUUAACUACUGUACAAAGAAAAAUAGCAGAUCUACAAGUGGAACUUCAAGGUCGAAAGGAUGACAAAAAUGUGGCACAUUUGACACAUGUGAGUGAAAUGGAAAAGAAGAUUGAGACUUUGGCAAGGAUUACCACUAUACUGAAGGAUGUUAUUCAGAAUAAGGACCGAAUUAUAGCUCGUCUCCAACAACCAUAUUCACUAGAUUGUAUUCCAGUUGAAGCAGAAUACCAGAAGCAAUUUUCAGAACUACUGAUGAAGGCUGCAAGUGAUUAUGGUGCCUUGACAGCAUCUGUUUCAGAUUUCCAAUGGAGUCAGAACUUUAAGGAGUCUCCUUCAGUUUGGGGGGAAAUGCUACGUCCAAUUCCUGUUGCCUUAGCGUCCUGUACCCGUUUCUUCGAAGCAAUGUCUGCCAUGAGAGAAUCAUUUGCUACACUGCAAAGUUUAAGAGUUGGCCCUUCAGAUUCCUCUUUGCCAACAACACCAGCAAAUGAUCUCUCGCAUAGACUGCCAGGGGAUUCAGAUUGUAUAACUCCACCUCCUUGGAAAAAUGAAUCUAGUUUUGAUGACUUGGCAAUCAAAAGCCAUAAGAAACAAGAAUUUAAGGGGCAAGAAGCAGAUGAUGAAAGUAGCGAAGUGGGCGACCUUCAUCAAGUUGAUGGCACAAGUCACAGGAGAUUGUCCUGGCCUCCGUCCAUUAAAAAGAAUGGUACACAGUAAAUCCCUUGUCUUUUGUAUUAUGUUUUCCUUGGAUUGAAAUUCUCGCAUUAGAAGUAUUAAAUAACUUGAAAUCUUCAUUUGCUUGUGUAGUUAAGUAGCGGAAAUUCUUGUGGGAAUUAUAUAUCAAUAUAUAUAUUGUCACUGUUUGUUGAAUGUUGCCAGUGAUCAUUUUGUAGCAAGCUUUUCUUUUUUUCUGCA